GGAUCCAUGGAUUGGGGCGUGGCAAUUGCUCCUCUGUCCAGCUGCAUUCCCAGAUCGAUACGGUAUAGCAGGAGCUCUCUACAUUGCGGGCGGCUGGGCGCUGCCAAAGACACUGUUAGACAGUUUUACAGCGCGAUCAAUCACAGGCAGCUAGAAAUCGCCGGUGAUUUGAUUGCUAGCGACUGUGUCUACGAAGAUCUUGUGUUCUCCAAGCCAUUCGUUGGUAGAAAGGCUAUCAUCGAAUUGUUCGAGACAUUUACCAGUUCCGUUGGUCCCGAGGUGAGUUUUGUGAUAGACGAGAUCAGUGAUGGCAACCUGAGCGUUGGAGUAACUUGGCAUUUGGAUUGGAGAGGGAAUGUUUUCCCGUUUAGCAAGGGGUGCAGCUUCUAUCGCUGUGAAGAUGUCUCUGGAGAUUACAAGAUUGUCUAUGGGAGGGAUAUUGUGGAGCCAGCGUUUAAAAUCAACAGUGUCGCUCUGAAAGCAAUAGGGGCUGUUACGUGGUUGUUUGAAAGGUUUCCUGGGCUGGCACGAAGAACUUCAUAAAAAAACCAAUCAAGCAAACGCGAAUGCCAAGCUCGAAGAUCAAUUUUAUUUCUUAGUCGCGACGGAUUGUCAGCUGGACACGAGCAAUAACAUUGGCUCCGCUGGUAUGAACAA